AUGGCGUUUACGGAGGGACAGACGUUGGAUAACAUGCUGGGAUCUCUAUUCGUUGGGUCGUUGCUAGCAGGCGUUCUAUACGGUGUAACUAGUUUGCAGGCCUACAGCUACUAUCACUGGUUCUACGGCCGCGAUUCCCUUGUUCAUCGUAUCGCGGUCGGCCUACUCUGGUGUCUAGAUACACUACACUUCGUCCUCGUCGUCCAUGGAGUGUACUACUACUGCGUAUCGAGUUUCGGGAGCUCGGUGCACCUUUCCGUCCUCGUUUGGUCCAUGAAGCUUCAAAUCGUUAUCAACGUUAUCAUCAUCCUACUAGUGCAAGGAUUGUACGCCUACCGCGUCUGGCUGCUUGGAGGGUAUCACAACAAGAUCAUUGCAUACAUCACCGUCGCGAUCGUCUCCAUUGCAUUCGGCGUUGGAAUGGUCCUCGCCCAUUAUGUAUACACACUCACCGACAUAGCUGAUCACGAAUCCAUCGGCUGGGCAAUCAUUGCCUCCCUCGCCACAGCCACCUUCGUCGACUUCUUCAUCGCCGGCGCGAUGGUGUACUACCUCCGACGCAGUAGAGGCCUCCAAUCUCGAGUGAACUCGAAGUUAUCGACGAUGAUGCAUAUGUCUUUGACCUCCGGCGUCCUUACUAGCGCCUGUUCGAUGACAGCCUUGAUUGUCUACGUGACGAUGCCGAAGACGCUAAUAUUCAUGGGCGUCGAGUCGUUCCUUACCAAACGUCAGUCCCCUCCCCCUGCUUUCUCUCUCCCUGGAAGCGCGCACUCACCUCUUCUCCCAUUUGCUCAUCCCCCAGUAUACAUCAACUCCUUCCUCGCCAUGCUCAACGCGCGCGAGCGCCAGCAACACACCCUCACGCACGCCCACGUGCACCACAGCGACCCCGCGCAGCACGCCGACGCAUCCCACUCCCACCCGCACUCGCACUCCCGCCUGUCCACCUCGCUGUCCGUGCACAUCCCGGGCUUCUCCGUCCCCUUCAAGUCGCCCGCCCCCACGUUCCCGUCCUCGCCGCAAGCGAAGUCGGCGCCGCUGGGCCCGAGCUUCAUGACCCCCGUCCCCGUCCCGAUGAAGCUCAGCCCGUCCCUAUCGAUAUCCCUAGGCGGCUUUGAGAAAGGGAAAGCCGGGAACGAGCUGGGGAUUGGAGGAGGGAUAGGGAUGGGGAUGAUCGGCAUCGGCGUCGAGACGACCAAGUCCGAAUCGUCACAGUCGCAGUCGCAGUCGCGCUCGUCGUUGAGCAAGGAGCCGUCCUCCCCGCCGUCCCCCUCGCGGUCUUUGCGCUCGGGCUCGCCGUCGCCAUUACCGACUCUCGGGCACGGGCACGGGCACGGUACGGUGGUGAAGGAGCUGGGGGACGACGAUACGGCGUCGUCAGACGGUAACGAUCACGAUAAUGCGAAGGAGGAGGACGGUCGGUAUCCGUGGUGA